AAAAAUAAAUAAAAUUAACGUGUCAUAUAAAUUUAUUUUAUAUGUGGCGAAACUUCAGUUGAAAAAAAAAAUAAAAAAGAAUUAACGAUGCCAAAUCAUAAUACACAUCAUCAAAAAAAAAAACUUCAAACGAAUCAUCAAUGAAACAAAUAUAAUAUGUGUGUAUAUAUAAUAAGCAUAAUGAAAUAAUUGACUACUUUUACUCGAGUUCUUUCUUCUUUUCUUUAAUUACCCUAGAAUUCUUUACAAAUCAUGAAAGAUUUAAAAAAAUUUUAUCGUACAAUAAUCGAUAAUUGGACGCCUUUUUGUCUAAUACAGUGCAUAUUAUUCAUUACCUGUCCAAUUCUCGAAUAUACAAAGAUCAUAUUAUAUUAUGAAUAUAAACUUCCACUUGAAUACACGAUUGAAUUCUUGUAUCUUUUCCUUAUAAUUUUUCAAUUAGUUUUGAUAACAAGUUCUCUUUUCUGUUGCUGCUGCAUUCCAGAUGUAGCGUUAACAAAUUUCUUUCUAAGUAUCUCAGCGAUCUUGUGGAUAAUUAUUCCAAUUAUUUAUUCAGUAAAAACAGUUCAUGAUUUAGGUGAAAUCCCAUUUUUUUGUCCUUCAAAUUACGAUUAUAAAUUCUCUCGACUUCGUUUUAUAUGUCAAAUAAGAACAUCAAAUUUCAUUUUGAUGUGGAUAGCUUCAAUUUCUGUUCUAUUUUCAUGGAUAUAUUCAUUAAUUUCUGAAAUAUUUCGUGAUGUCCAUGUCAAUGAUGAUGUCGAUUUUGAGUCUAAUAAUGAUGAUAAUUGAAUGCGCUUUUUAUCAGUUUUUUUUUUUUCUGGUUAUUAUAAUUCACGUGAUAAACACGCAGUAAAAGAAGUAAAAGUAAAAGGAGAUCAUGGCUUAUAUUACACGUAU